AACCUCAAACUUUGGUGAAGUGACAUCAGAGCAUAGGUUCCCCUUCCAGCCUCAGCAGACCUUUAAAACAGCACUUCAGAGCCACAGCUCUGACAAACGUGAAACCAGGUCAUCAUGGCAGCCGCGGGUAAUUCUCUUAGUGGAGGUGUUACGCUGCUUCACACCGAGCAGGAAGGGAAACAUACAUAUGAAGUGAUGAACUUCAUAAGCUCAAACAAAGGCUUUUUUGCAAGAGGGGGUGAUAAAAUCCUGAUGGUAAACGGAGAAAAGAUGGAGGAUUUAACUCCAGAGGAGUUUGUUAACAUUCUAGUUGAAGGAUCUCCCCUGCUGACUAUACAUCAUCCGUGCAGAGACAGAACUGAGGAGUGUUCGUCAGAGGAGAUCCAGGCCUAUAAAAAGGAGCCAACGGUGAUGGACUUCAGCCUGACGAUGGUGAGAGAGGAAGAUCUACACCCAGAGGGACACCGGGAGCAGCCACAACCAGAACCUGACUGGGAAAAAUAUAUUAAAGAUGACAAUCUGUUUUUUGUCUCUAUGACUGAAACAAGUCUUACACUGGUUAUUGCUCGGGGCUGCGACCCAGAAAGCCCCUGUCACAACUGCGGAAGAACAGACUGCCAGUUUAAUGAAGUUGUUGUCAUGCCUGAGAGAGCAGAGAUUGUCUUUAGUUCUAUUGUUUCAGAUGGAGCACUGAUUGUGAAUCAGAUUAAGGAACGAAAUGAUUUGUUCCUGAAGAGUCUCCUAAUAAACAAGUACGUCACCCCAUGGAGGGAGCAGCUAUUACUGGGGGACACCAUGUCAGCAAAAAUCACCAUCUACUAUUACAAGAUGAACAUAUUGGAUAGGAAUUCAGGCUCGCCGGUUGUGCUGAACUUCACGGGCACAAAUAACUUCUUCUGCUGUACCACCAAGGAAGGUGAUAACAAGAAGAUGUUACGAGUUGUGUGCCAUGAUAGAAGUGACCUGAAAAAUAUAUGCGCGGAUGACACUGAAAAGUGGUCCCUGGUAUUUUACAUGUCUUCUACAUUAGACAAUCACCGACGUUUCGAGUCUGCUCUUCACAGAGGGUGGUUUAUUUACAUACAGAGUGUGAACAGUGAUGAAGUUGAGAUGAAGGAAAAGAAUCAGUAUAAUCCAACCAACUUUUAUUUUGUAAUUGAGAGUCAGACUUGAAUACACAGAAAGCAGGAGACUUGUGUAUCUUUGCUAGCAGCAGCUGUAUGAACAUAUCAUAAUAUAUCUUACAACAUGAUAUAUAUGUAUUACAUAUGAUAUAUGUAAUAUAGCAUGUGUAUUAAAAAGAAUGCUAUAAACUACACUGUAUUUAAACGGAAUAAUGCAUUUUGUAACCGGAACCUGACAUAGUUUUCAAAUACCUUUUUAAUAUUAUUGGUUAUGUUCAAAACUAACUGUAACCCUGUUAAACUGACUUUGUGAUUCAAGAUUACGUGAGCAAAAUGUGUCAUUAAGGUGAAUAUAAAUUCUUUGGACAGGCGACUAUCUUCAGAUAAUAAGUUGCAUCAUCACCGAAUACGAAGAAUGUAUUGUUUAACUGCUAUUGCAGUAAUAAGUAGAUAUGUAUCAUACUAUUAGCUGAUAUGUUUAACUACCAUGUUAUUGUAAGUGUCAUCUUUUUAUGUUGAACUGAUAGAUUUGAUCCAGUGCAUGUAAUUGUUAAUUUUCUUGGCUCAUGUUGUAUUUUUAACUUUGGUUGUUUUUUAUUGCAUUGAAAUGAAUUCUUAGCUAAAUAUUGUUUUAUGUGUAUUCCUUAUAUUGUUGAACAACAUGUAUAAGCUAAAAGCUACUAACAACUUUAAAUUGUUGCUUUAAGCUACGUUAAUGUAUCAUUUAUUAUAUUUUAAUGUCCUUAUGUAUCAUGUUUCUUAUUUUGAAUCUUAUAAAAAAGGUGUGUAAUUGAUUUGAAGAGCUGUUUGUAAUGUGCAUAACAAUUUUUAUUACUGAAAGUGAUUAUAAUAAUGUGUAACAAACUAAAAUAAAUA